AUGGAGGGACGGGGCAGGAUAACGGCAGUCGCGGGCCUGGCAGGGAUCGUGGGCAUCGCAAGCAGCGUGCUGAACAUCAUUUUUGCAACAACCAUCGCCCAUGUGACGGUGGUGCCAGGCCUUCGAGAUCUUCUUUACGUCGCCUUCGUCGUGAGUCUGGUCAAUCUCGCGGUUCUGGUGUAUUUUGGGACGCUGUUUGCGAAAAAGCUCCCAAAUCAGGUCCAGCUUUCGAGACCAAGUCCAUGGGCAGUCUUUUCCGGGGGUGUGAUUUGGGGGACAGUCAGUGUCAUCGUUUCCGGAAUUACGUUGGUAUGGCUCGCUGUUAGACGAAGUGCCCUUCCAACAGAGAUAUUGCACACUUCUCUCGCCACGUUGCUGGGGAUCUGGUUCGCGGUGUGGGCGGCCUUUGCGCUCUUGCACAUGGUCCUAUAUGUUCUUCUCGCUUCCUCGAUAAAGAAGGGACUGAUGGCAACAAGGGCUGGCGGACUCACCUCAGACUAUGGCAUCAGAGUCCCAUCCAUAUCCACCGUGAAGCGGCCGGGCACUCAACAGACGGAACGAUCAUUCGGCUCGCAGGACUUGACUCUGAACUCACCACCACGCACUCCUGUCUCACGGAGAGAGCCCUCGACACGCCGAUCGUCGGCCACCAAGGUGGGAACUGGAUCGUCCAAGGCGAAACGUAUGCGGAGUUCCAGCCGGUCCUCCCUUGACAGUUCACCGUUCCCGGCUGGCGAGGCCAUGUCUAUAGACACUGCCUUUGACAAUUGGGAUACGUCGUCCGUUCAUCACGAGCUGCGCGUCGUCAUUCAUUCGUCUCCGCCAGUCGCCCACGGAGCUCUGGAAACGAUACCGGGCAGUCGACCGGAUUCACCUGCCAACGCCCUGGAUGGCCCAUUUCUGCCCGAGCCACACUCUCCCAUCUCAAGUUCGCCGCCGCACGCCGCAACCUCGGACACUGCGACCGCCUACGGCUGGAGCUCUUCACCGCGGCAGCCGAAAUCAUCCCCUCCGUCAAGCCCGGUCAAUUUCUCACGGCCGACAUCACGACCUUCGUCGUCACAUGUCUGCAAGCCACUACCACGGCCACCUCAAAUUGGCAAGUUUGAGAGUGCCCUGCAGGAAGAACUAAUACACCCGUUGUUCCGGCCAAACAGCCCUCGACCGCCUCCGAUUCCCAUCGCUGGCACCAUGGUCACAGCCUCGCCUAUGGCCAACACCACCAUCACGCCCCGGACACUGGCCAGCCUCCGGGGCAAUUCUCACCUGACGCUCGAAUGCGUGAAUUCUAAGCCACGAAGCACGGACGGAUCCGAGACGGAGAGCGAGGAACACUUUCUGCCCGACAGCCCUACACUCGGCAGUCCAUCCCUUGGCAGCCCCGGCCCAUCGAUUGUGGACGAAGCAGACCUGCCACCCAUUCUCCCUGGAUUUGUGCUAUCUGCAGGAUCACGGACCAGCUUGGUAGGGUAUGGGAAGCGCAAGAGCGUCAAGAAGGAUCGACCCAAGUCCCAGCUGUCGGUGGGCAGCCGAUUGAGCCAGGGCAUGGUGUAA